AUGGCUGCCAUGGCGUCCCAAGAUGAGGCCCAAGCAGACGCUUCCAUUGCGAAAACUGGUGUGGAGGAAUCACAAAGCCAACUGCCAAUAUGUGACUGGACUGAAAAAGCAGAAGUCAAACUGAGACGAAAAAUCGACUUCACUAUCUUACCUAUGCUCAUGCUCGGUCUCUUCGCCCUCCAACUCGACAGAGGAAACGUCGGCUACGCCAUGACAACAAGCUUCACCGACGAUCUCGGCAUAAACAAUGACAACGUCAACACCGGAAACCAACUCAUGCUCGCAGCCGUCGUGAUCUUCGAAAUACCCUUCAACAUGGUCUUAUCCAAGAUUGGACCUGCGCUUUGGCUGAUUAUUCAAAUUCUGGCUUGGGGAACUAUCGCAACGGCGCAAGCAGCUGUCCACAACAAACCGGGAUUCUACGCUACGCGAUUCCUGCUGGGGAUGUGGGAGGCUGGAUAUUUAGCUGCUGCGCUAACAAUUCUUGCUUCGUUUUAUACGCGGAAGGAGAUGGCGAUGCGGGCUACGUUGGUGUAUGUUGGGAAUUACUGCUCUGCGGGUGUGAGUGGACUUCUUGCGGGGUUGAUCUUCAGAAUUCCGGAGACGAGCGGGUUGAAGAAAUGGCAGUGGCUUUUCAUCAUUGACGGUCUAUUCACAUUGGUUGUUGGCUUCGUUUUCAUCUUGAUCAUGCCUCGUUCGACAACCAAUACGCUUCCGCUGGCGGGCGUUAGGUGGUUCGACCUUUUCACAGCUGAAGAGAGGGACAUCCUGGCCAAGCGCGUCAUUCUUGAUGAUCCGCGCAAAGAGGUGAAGCUCUCUGGUAUCAGCCCCAAGACUGCGCUUCGCAUUCUUUUGACCAGCUUUCCGAUGUGGGGUCAUUUCGGCAUCAACGCCAUCUCCAUCACGCCUAAAGGAGGGUUGGUUUUCUACACGCCUACGAUCAUUAAGAACCUCGGUUUCGGGGCAUCUACUGCUAGCUUCCUAGCAGCCGUUAGUAACUUUGGCGUGUGUAUCUUGGCCAUUCUCGUAUCGUGGGUCAGCGACAAGACAUUAUCGCGGGGACCUCUAUGCUUACUUUGCGGCGUGUACUCGCUGGUCUUCUCGGGCGUUCAGUUUGCUGUUGUCGGAAGCUCCGACGUCUGGAUGAAAUACGCCACCCUAACACUUUUGGGCUCAGGAGUAGCGGUAUCUCAGAGUCUCAACGAUGCGUGGUUUAGCAUCAACACUGAAGACCCGCAGGUCCGGUGCAUCGGACUAGCGCUGGCUGUUGCGGGGUCAAACGUGGGAGGAUUAGCUGGACAGAAUAUCUUUGUGAAGAGCGACGCGCCGUAUUAUCGCAAUGGCUUUCUGAAGAUCUUGUGUCUUUACGCGGCUAGCAUUGUGCUUGUCGCUGGAAUGAUAUUCUACUACUGGAAUGACAACAGGAGGAUGGAAAAGUCGGGAGAACUUGAAGAUGCCGCAGAAAUAGAGGGCUCUGGGGGAGUCAAGAGAAGGGUGAGGAACCAGUUGUAG